UCCCUUCUGACAGGGGCGUGAUGUAAACACCGCGUUUGGCUAACAUAUUAGCCAAGAGGAUACCGCGGCAUAUAAACGUCUUGUCAGAUAUCAAAUAUUCAUUUUUCGCGUGUAUUUAACUGAGAGAUGAACAACAACGGAAAUAAGAGGGCACCGACAACAGCAACACAGCGCCUUAAACAGGAUUACCUCCGGAUAAAGAAAGACCCUGUGCCUUACAUCUGCGCUGAACCACUUCCAUCGAAUAUACUAGAAUGGCAUUAUGUUGUUCGGGGACCAGAGAAAACUCCAUAUGAGGGGGGAUACUAUCAUGGAAAACUUGUAUUCCCACGAGAAUUUCCCUUCAAACCACCUAGUAUAUACAUGAUCACACCAAAUGGGAGAUUUAAAUGCAACACAAGAUUAUGCCUUUCCAUAACCGACUUUCAUCCGGACACGUGGAACCCUGCCUGGUCGGUCUCCACCAUUCUCACUGGGCUGUUAAGUUUCAUGGUAGAGAAAGGCCCCACACUGGGAAGCAUUGAGACAUCAGAUUACACUAAAAGACAGCUAUCUGCACAGAGUCUGGCCUUUAAUUUGAAGGACAAAACCUUCUGUGAACUGUUUCCAGACGUCGUUGAGGAGAUCAAGCAAAAGCAGAGAGCCCAGGAGGAGCUCAAUUCAAGACCCCAGGCUCUUCCUCUUCCAGAUGUGGUGCCAGAUGGAGAACAGGGUCACUAUGGGCUCCCAGCACUGAAUGGGCACGUGCCGUUGGGAGCAGCAGCUCCUCAGCCCGUGCCUCAUCAGCAGGGUAACAGAAAUCACGGACUCCUCGGAGGAGCGCUCGCAAACUUGUUUGUAAUAGUUGGCUUUGCUGCCUUUGCUUACACCGUGAAGUAUGUACUCAGGAGCAUAACCCAGGAAUAAAACAGGACACGACUGGGGCUCAACCACUCAGUGAGUACCAGGUCACCAAAGUGAGCCCACAUUCCUUCCAAUAAGAUGACCCACCCUUCUAGGAAACCAAGGAACAUCAGGGUGCUUUUGAAGAGAGUACAAGGCAGAAGACGUUGCCUAGAAAUUUCUUUGUAGGUUGUCGACUAUUUCUGGAUUAAAUAAGACAAUAAAUGGGAAUGUUACUCUCAUGCCCAAUAUGUGAGGCAACGUUGUCUUUUCAGAUGUCGAUUCAAAGGACCAGUGUUUUAUCACUAAGGGUGGUAACCAUAAGCAAAUUCAAUUAAAGAAUCAUUUAUGUUUACCACACCUCUGUUAGCUUUUUAUGGUGUUUCCUGUACUUGGUAAUUGUCACUUUUUUGCUCUUUGUGCUAAGGGUUUUCAGUAGCAUUAUUCAUAGUCAUUGGGCACAUUUCCCCUUUUCUCUAAACAUCAAAUAUCUCAUCUAUGGCGGCUUGAAGGUGAAAUGUUAGUUUUGACUUGUUUUAAAGCCAAUGUUUCAUUUUGAAGCAGUUAUUACAAACUACUUUGGUUAGCUGAAAUCUGUACAUGUAAUAAGAGAAUGACAGAUGGGGGAGGGGUAGAAGAUGUGAUCAGUAAAUGACAUUAAGAUUCAAAUGUUUUUGCUUAUUUUGUUGUGGCAAGAUAUUCCUUUGCACUUUGUGAAAGUGGUUUAAUUAAAAAAAACUAAACUGAA